UCAAUUGAGAGCCUUUGGUGAACUACACAACACUGGUUCCAACCCAAAUGAAGUUUGCAGAUUAAUAGUUUCACAACGUUUGGAAACCCAAAAGAAAAACAAAAACUUGUAGAAUUGAAUGAACGUAGCGAAAAAAGGAUAUUCAACAGUUGUGUAUUGCAUGUCAGUACAAAGUUUUGCGGCUUGGGUUGUGCAAGUUAUACCUAGUAGGAGUAGGUGCGGUGGCAUUCGCCAAAUCUGCUGCCACUGUUAGAUUAGAGUAAAGGAAUUCGAAAGGCAGCCACAUCACUUGCGAAAUGUCUGAACGCUUGAAAGAAAAGGAUCUGCCGCGUUUUAGUGGUGCACUGCGGGCAAAUACCGAUUUGGAAGCUAAACUACCAGUCGCUCUUGACACCGAGGAAGAAGAUUCAAAACGCCAAGAAAGAAAUUCGUUUUUGAAAACGCAAGGUGAAAAAGAACAAACCAUUGCAGAGGUAUUGAAGCAAAUACCGCCAGAUAGGCAAGAUCAGGCGAAAAUACAUUUGCAAAAGUUAAGGAAUUUGGUGCAAGAAUGCAUGGGUUAUGACGAACAGCCCAAGGUGGUUGAACAUGCCACCUUGUUUCUUUUUUGGUUAAUGUUGGAUCAGAAAGUCAUUACUGUGGCGGCCACCAUGCGUAUACGUAGCAUAUUUGGCACCAUAUUCGGCAACAGGCUGGCCAUAAUACACCAAACAGUAAGAUCUAUACGUGAACUAUUAGAAGAUUACGAGGUGGAGGAGUUAAAGGAUUGGAACAAGGGCAAGGGUAAAGCAAGGAAGGGUCAAAUGCUUUGGGGUGACCACAUAAAAGUGCAAUUCCAGAAUCUUCCACUGGAAGAACUGAGUAAUCUUAUGAAUUUAGCACCUAAUACGGGAAAUAAAAAUGCGGCAUCUCUGGGCUUUUCCAUGCAGUGGAAUCAAAUGGAGCCUUCAAACUCCAAAUAUCACAAAGUUGUGGAAACCUUUUUGGAAAUGUCACAAAAGGAAGAACAAUCACAUUACAUUAUAAGCCUCACCGAGCUAUUGAAUUCCAAAAAGUCGAAUAUUGAGCUGCAAAAUGACCUCAUUGAGUUGUUGGGUUUUGAUCAUUUUGACUUGGUGCAACAGGUGUUGAAGGAUCGCAAUAAAAUUGCUACGCAACUGCAGGAGUUGGAGCAGGAAGAAAAACGCAACAAACGUACGAAGCAGUUGCAGCAAAAACAACACACCAACAAGAUGUCCAACGGAACGGUAAUGCGUCCCACAGUUGCCUCACAAGUGGUUGUGCAGUCGGCCCUGGAAAAAGAGCUUAGUAAACAAACUCGUCGUGAGGAGAAAAAAAUGCAACGUCUAAUACAAAGUUUGGGUCGUUCUGACAAUGAGGAAAACGAUCAGGCGCAAGCUCUUAAUCCCAUGCAAUUACGCCUACAACAACAAAAACGUUUGUUGGAAGUGGCCCAACAUCAACCGCUCUUGAAGAGUACACAGGAUAUGAAAGAUUUUCGUUCGACCUUGCCACCGCAAGUACGUUAUCCCUAUGUUUUCGAUAGUCAAUUGGAGGCCAAACAACAUGCCGGCUUUAUCGGUGGCAAUCGUAUAUCGUUGCCUGACAAUGCGGAACGCACAGACAAUCGACAAUAUGAAGAGGUUAAAAUACCCGCAACCGAACCGCCACCAUUAAGUGUGGGCAACAAUCGUAUAAACAUUUCGGACUUAGAUGAGAUUGGUCAAAUGGCUUUUGCCAAUUGCAAACAACUCAAUCGCAUACAAUCGGUGGUCUAUCCUGUGGCCUAUCACAGCAAUGAAAAUAUGUUGGUUUGCGCCCCAACUGGUGCGGGUAAAACAAAUGUCGCCAUGCUAACAAUUGUGCAUACCAUACGUCAACAUUUGGAGAAUGGUAUAAUCAAUCGUGAUCAAUUUAAAAUUGUCUAUAUUGCACCAAUGAAAGCUUUAGCCUCCGAAAUGGUGGAUAAUUUUUCCAAACGUCUGAAAGAAUUGAACAUUGUGGUCAGAGAGUUGACGGGUGAUAUGCAAUUGACCAAAACGGAAAUGCAGCAAACACAGAUUUUGGUUACCACGCCAGAGAAAUGGGAUGUUGUGACAAGGAAAGGUGCCGGGGAUGUUGCUCUUAUUAGCCUUGUUAAACUGUUGAUUAUUGAUGAAGUACAUUUGUUGCAUGGCGAACGUGGUCCCGUUGUUGAGGCCCUUGUUGCCCGUACACUACGUUUGGUUGAAUCCUCACAAAGUAUGAUACGUAUUGUCGGUCUCUCUGCCACCUUACCCAAUUAUAUCGAUGUCUCCAAUUUCCUACGUGUCAAUCCGAUGAAGGGUCUCUUCUAUUUCGACGGUCGUUUUCGUCCAGUGCCUUUGGAUACGGCAUUUAUUGGUGUGAAGGCGGUGAAACCAUUACAGCAAUUGGCCGAUAUGGAUCAAAUAUGUUAUCAAAAAUGUUUGGAACAAGUACAACAGGGUCAUCAGGUUAUGGUCUUUGUGCAUGCACGUAAUGCCACGGUACGCACAGCGACAACUUUAAGAGAAUUGGCGCAGCAAAAUAAAACCAGUGCUGUAUUUUUGCCGGAUACAACGAGCAACAAUUAUGGUUUGGCCCAAAGAGCAAUACAAAAAUCGAGAAAUAAGCAAUUGGUGGAAUUGUUUGCAGCCGGGUUUGCAAUGCAUCAUGCCGGUAUGUUGAGGACAGAUCGUCAAUUGGUUGAGAAAUAUUUUGGAGAAGGUCAUAUCAAGGUGUUGGUUUGUACUGCCACCUUGGCCUGGGGUGUUAAUUUGCCGGCUCAUGCUGUCAUCAUUAAGGGUACCGAUAUCUAUGAUUCUAAACACGGCUCAUUUGUGGAUUUGGGUAUAUUGGAUGUAUUGCAAAUAUUUGGUCGUGCUGGUCGUCCACAGUUUGACAAGAGCGGCUUGGGUACCAUCAUUACCACCUAUGACAAAUUGAACCACUAUCUAUCCCUGUUGACCAAUCAAUUCCCCAUUGAAUCGAAUUUUGUACAAUUUUUGGCCGACAAUCUAAACGCCGAAAUAACCCUUGGCACCAUCUCGAAUGUUGAGGAAGCUGUCGAAUGGCUAAGUUAUACUUAUCUGUUUGUGCGCAUGCGUAUCAAUCCCCAUGUCUAUGGCAUUGAAUAUGCCGAAGUUUUACAAGAUCCCCUGUUGGAGACAAAGCGCCGGGCACUUAUCAUGGGUGCUGCCAUGAGUUUGGACAAAGCCCGAAUGAUUCGUUUCAAUCAGAGAACAAUGGAUUUCAAUGUAACCGAUUUGGGUCGCACAGCAUCACAUUUCUAUAUCAAAUACGAUACAGUGGAAAUAUUCAAUGAACUGUUGAAACCCUUCAUGUCGGAGGCCGAAAUCUUUGCCAUGAUUUCGCAAGCCCAAGAAUUCCAACAGCUUAAGGUGCGCGAUGAUGAAAUGGAAGAACUGGAUGAGCUACGUCACAACUACUGCAAAGUCAAGGCAUUUGGUGGCAGUGAAAAUGUCUGCGGCAAAGUGAAUAUUCUAAUGCAAACCUACCUCUCGCAUGGCUAUGUGAAAUCGUUUUCUCUGGUCUCCGACAUGUCUUAUAUUGUACAGAAUAUUGUACGUAUUUGUCGUGCCUUGUUCUCCAUUGUGCUGCGUAACAAUAAUGCCAUUCUGUCGGGUCGUAUGCUUCAAAUUUGUAAAAUGUUCGAGAAACAGCAGUGGGACUUUGAAACGCCCAUGCGUCAAUUUGGUAAUUUAAAUGCGGAAACAAUUGACAAAUUGGAAAGUCGUGGCAUAAGUUUGUAUACACUGCGUGAAAUGGAGCAGAAUGAAUUGAAGGAAAUCCUACGUAAUCCCCGAAAUGCCGAACAGGUGUUGCGUGCCGCAAGGGAACUGCCAAUGCUUGAUAUUGAGGCAACACUGCAGCCCAUUACACGUACAGUGUUGCGCAUUAAAAUCGAUAUCUGGGCAAAUUUCAAUUGGAAUGAUCGUGUUCAUGGCAAAGUUAGUGAGAGUUUUUGGCUGUGGAUUGAGGAUCCGGAAACGAAUUUCAUCUAUCAUUCGGAAUUGUUUCAGGCAACUCGCAAAUUUGUUUACGGCGGUAAACCUCAACAGCUGGUCAUGACUAUACCAUUGAAGGAGCCACUGCCGCCACAAUAUUAUAUACGUGUUGCCAGCGACACAUGGCUGGGCAGUAAUGCCUGGACAGCAAUGACAUUCAAACAUCUUGUUCUGCCCGAACAUCAUCCACCAUUGACAGAGCUCUUGCCAUUAAAUCCACUGCCAGUUAGUUGUUUACAAAAUCCUUUGUAUGAAUCCCUCUACAACUUCUCCCAUUUCAAUCCAAUACAAACACAAAUAUUCCAUUGUCUGUAUCACACCAACAAUAAUGUGUUGUUGGGUGCACCGACGGGUUCGGGUAAAACCAUUGUUGCCGAAAUUGCCAUGUUUCGUGCCUUUAAUAUGUCACCCAAGGCGAAGGUUGUGUACAUAGCUCCCCUAAAAGCUUUAGUCAAGGAACGCAUCAGUGAUUGGAAGAAACGUUUCGAGGCUGGUCCUCUGCGGAAAAAAGUGGUCGAACUUACCGGUGAUACAACGCCCGAUAUACAGGCUAUCCGGGAAUCUCAGGUUAUUGUUACAACCCCAGAAAAAUGGGAUGGUAUCAGUCGUUCGUGGCAGACAAGAGAAUAUGUUCAGGAUGUUGUGCUAAUUGUUAUCGAUGAAAUUCAUUUGUUGGGUGAAGAUCGUGGUCCGGUCAUUGAAGUUAUUGUCUCACGUACAAAUUUCAUUACAUCGCAUACGGGACGUAAUAUACGUAUUGUGGGCCUGUCAACGGCAUUGGCAAAUGCUCAGGAUUUGGCCAAUUGGUUGGGCAUCAAACAAAUGGGCCUGUAUAAUUUUAAACCAUCUGUGCGCCCGGUUCCUUUGCAGGUGCACAUUAAUGGAUUUUCAGGAAAACACUAUUGUCCACGUAUGGCCACCAUGAAUCGUCCCACAUUCCAGGCAAUACGUUCCUACUCGCCAACCGAUCCGGCCAUUGUUUUUGUCUCGUCUCGACGACAAACACGUCUGACUGCCUUAGAUUUAAUCACAUUUGUGGCGGGUGAUGAAAAUCCCAAGCAAUUCCUCAACAUGGAAGAGUAUGAAAUGCAACAAAUUCUACAGGACAUUAAGGACUCGAAUUUGAAAUUCUGUUUGGCCUUUGGCAUUGGUUUGCAUCAUGCCGGUUUGCAGGAACAAGAUCGCAAGACGGUUGAGGAGCUGUUUCUCAAUCGUAAAAUCCAGGUUCUCAUUGCCACAGCAACACUGGCCUGGGGUGUUAAUUUGCCAGCUCACUUGGUUGUCAUCAAGGGCACGGAAUACUUUGAUGGCAAGGUAAAGAAAUACGUUGAUAUGCCCAUAACAGAUGUCCUACAAAUGAUGGGUCGUGCCGGUCGGCCUCAGUUCGAUAAUGAAGGCGUGGCCGUGGUAUUGGUUCACGAUGUCAAGAAAAACUUUUACAAAAAGUUCCUCUACGAUCCAUUCCCAGUGGAGUCAAGUCUGCUCGAGGUAUUGCCGGAGCACAUUAAUGCAGAAAUUGUUGCAGGCACCGUACAAACGAAACAGGCUGCCUUGGAUUAUUUGACAUGGACUUUCUUCUUCAGAAGAUUGUUACGAAAUCCCACAUACUACAAUUUAGAAGGUCUGGAACCCAGUCAAGUCAACACCUUCCUAUCUUCGUUGGUGGAAAAGGUCAUUUAUGAAUUGGAGGCAGCCGCCUGUGUAAUGCAAAACGAACAUUUGUUGCUGCCAACAUUUUUGGGACGCAUUGCUUCAUUUUACUAUUUGUCGUAUCGCACAAUGAAACAUUUCCUAGAUGAUUUGGAACCGCAAAUGUCGACAUCGGAUAUUUUGCUUGCCAUAGCUGAUUCCUAUGAAUUUGAUCAACAGCCUGUACGUCAUAAUGAAGAUAAAUACAAUGAAGAAAUGGCCGAUGUUGUUCGCUAUCGUCCACGUUCGCCCACAUGGGAUUCUCCCUACACCAAAACGUUCCUGUUACUUCAAGCUCAUUUCUCACGAUUGUCACUGCCUAAUUCCGAUUAUUUAACAGAUACCAAGUCGGCUUUAGAUAAUGCAACGCGUGUUAUGCAGGCCAUGGUCGAUUAUACAGCCGAACGUGGAUGGCUUUCACCUUCUCUAAAAAUUCAACAGAUUAUGCAAAGUGUAAUACAGGCCAGAUGGUUCGAUGAAAGUGAAUUCCUAACACUGCCGCAUGUUAACAAUGCCAAUGUUCAUUUGUUCUACAAUAUUUCCCAUAAUUAUGAGUAUCUGACACUGCCGGUUCUGAAAGACAUUUGUCGAAAUGAUUAUGAAAAGUUGGCCGGGCCGCUAAGAGAUAUGUUUGAAGAACCAGAAAUCGAGCAGAUCUAUAGGGUUAUACAGGAUUUACCGGAGAUUGCUGUUAACAUUUAUGUGCAGGGUCGUAAUUACGAACAAGAAGAGUCAAUGCGACCCGUGAGUACAGAUCCCAAAUCGAAUGUCUGGACCGAAAUACAUCCAAAUGAGGACUAUGUUCUUUGCAUUGACAUGGAACGUUUGAAUGCCAAGCGCCAAUUCAACACUGCAAUACAUUGUCCGAAAUAUCCAAAGGGUAAGAAGGAGGCUUGGUUUAUGACACUGGGCUCUCAGGGCAACGACGAAUUGCUGGCCAUGAAACGCAUAAAUAUGCGUGGUCUAAAAUCCUCCAAUCGCAUAACCUUCCAAUGUCCCCCGCGCCGUGGACGUUUGUUGUUAACACUCUAUUUAAUGUCGGAUUGCUUGAUAGGAUUCGAUCAACAAUUCGACCUACAAUUUGAGGUUGUCGAUCCGAAACAAGUAUAGAGGCGGGGUUUUGUUGCCGAAAAGUAAAUAAAUUUCAUCUCUAAAAGACUUGACAGCUUUAAAAGUAUUGAAUGUAUAAAGUUAAUCUAACCUUAACAAGGAACGUAAUAUAUUGACCUUACAGUAGCUAGAUCUUGUGAAAACGGAACCACGUUCUAAAGAAGAAUUAAAAAACUAAAAGAAAUUAAACAAAUAGUUAAAGCUUGUUUUUUUAUUAUAAAUUCUUAUUAUAUAACUAUAUAAUUAAUAAUAUAAUCGUAUAUACAUAAGCAUAUACUUUUUAUAUUUAUAUUUGAUACAUAUAGAAUUAUAUUAGUCUAUUGCAUUUUGUGUGUUGAAAAUUCGUAAAAACAAAUUAGAAGAAAGUAAUAAAUACAAAUGGAUUUUUAAAAUUCAA